GAUUGUGGCGAGCGCAGUGACUCUUACGGCGCUUGCUCCCUGCGGCGGCGACGCCCCUCCGUCGGCCCCGGCUCCAGUCGCCGCGUCGAUUUCGACGUUGGCGAGGCGCAGGGCGUGUCCACUCGUUGUCGAGCCCUGUCGACGCUCGGACGGUCACUCUGUCUGCUGGCCGACGCCGGUCAACACUUGCAGCCAUGAUUUUCGGCCUCAUCAAGGGUUCUGUGUAUAGUUGCUUUUGCAACAGUUGCUCGACGCCGGCGAUCGCAGCCAGAGACCGACGCGGGGUGCACGUAUCUGCCAAGAAGAACAACAAGCCUCACUGUAAGCAGCCGAAGAGACGGCAUUUCAUCACUACCGAGGUGCGCUGCCAGGAGAAGUCUGGCGGUCUGGCCUACGAGGUGAUCCUGGCGACGCCGUCAGUGGAGCCGCCCCCGGCCGUCGUCUCGCCGCCGCCCAAGUCGACCCCGACUACCGAUGAUAUCAACAAGCGCCUGCAGGCGGCCGAGGAGCGCAAGAAGCGUCAUGAGAUCCAGCGGCAGGCCUCCAUGACGGACAAGCUGGCUCGUAUCGAGGAAGCCAGCAAGAAGCGCGAGGAGGCCGACCACCUCUUCAUCCAGCAGGCCCGCGAGCAGCUCGAGCAGAAGAUGGACGCCAACGUCAAGAACCGCGAGAACAUCAUCCGCAGCAUGCAGGAGAAGCUGAAGGAACACCUGGAGCAGGUGGAGGCCGUCCAGAAGAAAACUCGUGAACAGUACGCCGAGCUGGCCGCCUCGAUCAAUGAGAAACAGAAGGGCGCAGAGGAGGCCCGCGAUGAGUACAUCCGCAAGACGCUCGAGAAACUCAAGGAGAAGGAGGAGCAGGGUGAGAAGGUGCGCGCUGCCCACAUGGAGCGCAUUCAUCAGCUCAAGACCAACAUGGACGGAUGGGAGGCCAAGCUGAAGGCCGCCGAGGAGAAACGCGAGAAGGAAAUGCAGAAGAAGGUGGAGGCGCUUCAUGAACAUAACACGGUGAAGCUGCAGUCUGCGCAGCUGCAGGCUGAACAGAAGGUCACCGAGCUGGCCAAGCGGGUGGAGGAGACGCUGCCCGAGAAACUGGCCAGUGCUGAGCAGCGCCGCCAGGAGGGCAUCGGAAAAGUGGUCGAGAAGGCCCGCGAGGAGCUGAGCAAGGUGCCGGUGGUGCGCUCCAACAUGGAGGAGUCGGUGAAGAUGCACGAGAACAAGGUACAGGAGCUGGUUCAGGCCAAGCUGGAACAGGCCGAGGAGCGCCGGCUCGAGCUCAUCGAGAAGCAGCGCGAAAAACUCAAGGAGCGGGAGCGUCGCGGCGAGGCGGUGCGCCAGAACAAGCCUGCCCAGCCCGUCACCCCUGAGGAGGAAAGCCAGUAAGAACGUCCGUCCGGAUCGAAACACCGGACAUCUCCUACCGCUCCCCGCUCUAUCCCGCCUCCCCUCCUCUCUCCCUAAUAAAUCACCCACGAAAAACCUAUAAAAACACCAACGAUCUCUAGUCAUAGAUGUCCGCCGGAGCUGGUCGGCCUUGUUUGUCCGAAGUUUAUCGCUUACCGUCGACCGAGGACCGCUCGCUGGGUCGUCUCUUGACGCGCUGUUGCCUUUCGCUGUGUGUACAUAGCACCGUUUUCCCCUGGCUGCCCUGCCGAGGCGCUCGCGACCGAAGGAAGAAGGAUCUCUGAGCGGGCGCGUACCGGGCGGAUUCGCCGGCGGCCGCGCGGACUGAGUGUGACUGAACUGAGAGGACUGUGACUGGGCAGUCACACGAGUGACUGGGUUCUGAGCCGCACCGGGCAGGCGCGAGACUGAGUGAUGACCGAGCUAUGGAUGUGAUGGGCCCGCUGCCGAGCGCCGCGAGUGUGGUUCGUGAUGUGUCUGCGCUGGAUGACACCGCGCUAGUGUACCGUGUCGAGUGCUUCGGACCGCCUGCGUAGCUCUGACAUUAUUUUUGCACUAUUCUGUUGAUAGACGCGACGUGUCAACAUAGAGUUCACAUUAAUACGUAGGGUAAGGACUGCUGUUUGCGCCAACAUGUGAAAUAUAAGGUGUAAACGAAA